UCUCUUAAUUCAUAGUGAGUAAUAGAGCGAGAGAUUGAAAAGCUACGAGAAGUGGGAACUGAGAACAGGGUAGAAGAUAAUUUGGUGGCCAAAAAAGAUCAGGGAUGAGUAUGGAGGCGCGGGUGGGCGCCAAGUGUGGCCGGUGGAACCCGACGGUGGAGCAGGUGAAGGUGCUGACGGACUUGUUCAGCUCCGGGCUGCGCACGCCCACCACCGACCAGAUCCAAAUGAUCUCCACUCACCUUAGCGCCUUCGGCAAGAUCGAGAGCAAGAACGUCUUCUACUGGUUCCAGAACCACAAGGCCCGCGAGCGCCACCACAAGAAGCGCCGCCGCGGUCCCCCAGACGAUGUCGACGGAGACGGCGCCGGGGACGGCGAUCACCAUAAACCCAGAACUAGAUGCUUCCCCGCAGGGCGCGCCAAGGACAAGCAGGAAGUAUUCUGGCAGCGGCCGGAGAUCAAAGAGACGACGGAGACACUGGAGUUGUUUCCUUUGAAGUCAUCCAUCUCAGAGGAAGAGAAGGUUAUCGCCGUGAGAGGCGAGCUCUGCGGGCGAACGUUAUACUUGGAUGCAACUGGAAGAGAUCAUCCGCCGUUGGAUUUGCGAUUGAGCUUCAAUUACGUAGAGUAAAUAAUUUAAUUUAGAUGCAUCCUUCAUCCUGCCUAAUAUUUCUUUGCAUGCAGUGCCACUGUUGAGUUAUUGUACUUGAG